AUUCCAAUCCAAAUUAUAAAGUGAACAUAACCUGAAAUAACUUCUCAAAAGUAAAGUGAAUAAAAUGGAUACAGCAAAGUGUAGAUCGUGUUUAUCAGAAAGCGACCAAAUGCAUGAUUUAUUCCAAGUAAUCGAAGAAAAUAUAAGUUUAGCUUUAAUCAUAGAAAAUUUCUUAAAAAUAAAGCUAAAUAAAAACGAUAACUUAUCACAACAGAUUUGUCUUGAAUGCACUCAAACUAUAAUAAAUUUUUAUAAUUUCUCUAUAACUUUCGAAGAGAAUAAUAAUAAAAUAGAAUAUCCAACAGAUGGCGCGCCAGUCAAUGUUACAUUUGAUUUUGAAAGUGAACCAAAGAAAGAUUCGCAAUUUAUGCAAAUUACUGAUUUAAAAAAUGAGAAAUUAAUAAAACAGAAAUAUAUUUGUGAAAUUUGUGGCUUUAUUUCAAAUAAAAAUUCGUAUUUAAAGGCUCACAUGGAAACGCAUUCAGAACCGCAAUUUAGCUGCGAAUUUUGUCCAAAAAUAUUUCGCAGAAGAACUAUUUUAAUACGACAUCGACGAUUACAUACAGAACCUAGGCGGUAUAUUUGCGAAAAUUGCGGUUUAAAAUUUAACGAUCCAAGCACUUUAAAACAACAUAAAACAUUAAUUCAUCUUCGUCCAAACAAUUUUGAGUGUGUUAUUUGUAAACAGACGUUCUCUUUGAAGUCGACGCUCGAUAAACACAUUAAAAGACAUUCGCAUAAAGACGGAAUCGUUAAGGAGUUUGUUUGUGAUGAGUGCGGAAUGGAAUAUUAUGAUAAAUCUAGUUUAAAAAGGCAUUUUUUAAUAAAGCAUAAUUAAUUAGCAUACUUUUUUAAUUAUUUCCUCAAAAAACGGCGUUUAAAACGGUUCUUUCGAUGUUGUUACAUAGAAGAACGUGUGAACAAGUUAGAUUCCCGUUUCCAAUAUCUUCAGAAUACCAUAUUAAGGUCAUCGUUGGGUCAGAGAAAUUUUUCAAUGGUGGGGCACUCAUCGUGUAAAAUUCGUUGGUUCACAUUGUUUUAAAUAAGAGGGGCUUCCCAUCUCUUAUAUAAGAAUCCAAACACCGACUCAGAAGCCCCACUCUUCAUUUACAACAGUAAUCGUUACUCAGAAGCGCAAGUGUAUUUUUAAGAUUGAUUUAAAAUUAGAUUGCAGAAGGAAAAUGAAAGUUUUCGUGUGCGUAUUUGUCGUUUUUACUGUUACUUUGGCAAUGCCAGCCAAAGAAGGCGGUUCAUAUACAAAUGAAGCGAUUCGUCAAGCUCAAAACACAUUUUUAAUACCAAAAGAUGCCGAAAUUCAAAAGGUGCAAGAAGGAAUUGAAAUAGGAGCAUAUGAAAACAUUCCAGUCAAUCAAAAAAUUAAUCUCUUUGAGAUUUUGGGUGAUCAAGUUCCACCUGAAGUCGUUAGCAACUUACAGCAGCAAAUCGAUCAAGUUGGACGACAUUAAAAAUGUUAUUUAUACAAUUUUAGUAUAAAAAUUCAUCGAACCCUUUAUUCUUAGUCCCCUUUCGCUUUAAUUUUUAUCUCUUUAAAAAUUAUCUUAAAAAAAGAAUAUUUUUGUACCAAUGUAGUAGUUUCUAGUCCUCUUGUAGAUUUUUAUAUUUUUUUAUUAUUUCUAUUUUUAUUCUUUCCCGUGUAAAAAGCUAAGUGCCACACAUCUUUUUGUAUCAAUCGUGUCCUCUUCGUGUAAUAUAUGUAGUAUUUUUGUACAUAAUAAAUUUUAUUUCUAUCGCUUUUUUAA